AUGACAGCCGACCUCACCAAACUAGCAACAUUCCCCUCCAAACCCCGCAUCUUCAUCCUAACAGACGUGCUUAACGAGCCCGACGACUCCCAAUCGCUCGUCCGAUACCUGCUAUAUGCCAAUGAGUUCGACACGCGCGGGAUAUGCGCAACGACCUCAACCUGGCUGCGCACUAGCACCCACCCGGAAGAACUUCGGCGGAUCAUCACGGCGUAUGGCAAAGUCGUCGAUAACCUGAAUUGUCAUGUUCAUCCGGACUUUCGGUACCAGUCAGCAGAGGAGUUGCUUGCAUUGGUGACGUCGGGACCUGCUGUCUACGGCAAAAAAGCCCUCCACGUACCACUAAGCCAAGGUGCUCAACGCCUCCUCUCGGCAAUCCAAGAAUCAAACGAACCACUCUACAUUCCAGUCUGGGGUGGCGUCAACACCCUCGCCCAAGCACUAAAGUUUCUCGCAGAAACAUCUACGCCCUCAGAAGCUGCAAAAGAACGAGCAAAACUACGCAUCUACACCAUCUCCGACCAAGACAACUCCGGCCCCUGGAUCCGCGCCACCUACCCAGACAUCUUCUACAUCGUCUCUGCGCACGGCUGGAAUCAAUACAGCCAAGCAAGCUGGCUAGGCAUGAACACAGGCGCCGGGGACGGACCCGAUCCAACCAAAGUGCAAAACCCAUGGCUACGCACGCAUAUCCAAGUCGGCCCAUUCGGCGGCGAAGCGUACCCGGCUGUGAAAUUUGGGAUGGAGGGCGAUACGCCUUCGUUCCUGUGGCUUGUGCAGAAUGGGUUGAAUGCUGCGGACCGGAUUGAGUGGGGUGGUUGGGGAGGGAGGUAUACGCGGCCGCAGGCGGAAGCGGAUUUCGAGGAUGGGAUUGAUGCGAACCAUUUUCUUAAUGCGAGUGAUUUUGGCGUCUUGGGACAGGGAGGGAGGGUUAGUGAUCACAAGGCAACGGUUUGGCGGUGGAGGGAGGCUGUUCAGGAUGAUUUUGCGGCGCGCAUGCAUUGGACUCUUACUGGUGACUUUGGGCGGGCGGGGCAUCCGCCUGUCGUGGAUGUGAAUGGAAUUUCUGGGGUCGAGCCUUUGGUCUUGAAGGUUCAGCCUGGUGAGACUUGUGUGCUUGAUGCCAGUGGCACGUAUAAUCCCGACCAGGCCCGGUCUGGACUUGAGUUUUCCUGGGUGUUGUAUGGGGACGUCAAUGGGUUUCAUUUCUUUGGGAAGGGACCUGAGGUUAGGAUUGAAGCUGAUGAGCCUAUAGAGGCAGGUGAUGGCGUGGCGGGCUUUGAUAAUCCAAUUCGAGGACGCAGGGUGACGGUUGUGGUGCCGGGGGUGGAAAGGAAUCCGCAGACUGGACUGGUCACGCCGGACUUUCAUGUUUUGCUACAGGUCACUAAUCCGGCUGGGCCGUAUCCGAUUCGGAGGUAUAAGCGGGUGAUAUUUUCGUAUGUUCUUGAUGAGGUAUCAGUGUCGCUGGGGACGAUUCCCGAGGGGUUUGAUUAG